GCUAAGCCCCACCAGGAGCCCCUGGGCAUGUGCUGUGGCGGGCGGGGGCGGCUUGCAUGCGCUUUGGCAAAACGGCGACACGCGUCGGGGGCCUGGGAUGGCCAUGCUUCUGCUCGUCUCAGGCGCCAUCUUGUCUACGUAAUUAUGCAUGCCGUGGCCAUCAUCUGCUUUGUUCUUGUUGCGAAUUUGUUGUGGACGAAAUCAGUGACAAAAUGGGCAGUGUCUUACUACAAUGUAUGCCACUAA